GCAGCAGGUGACCGAGCUGCGAGUGUGUGUGCCUGCUAAGAUUCAAUGAGGGAGUGGUUCGUGUGUGACUCCACUUAGUCACAUAUGGACCAGUGGUGGGAGUUCAAGAACGUGUCAAGUGAAUUCUGAAAUGUGUUUCUAAAUCCAUAAUACAUGUUUGAGGAUAAUUGCUGGAAACAUGUGAAAUAAACUAUGCAGUUCUCAACUAGUACUCACUUCAGUUUUACAGAUCUAUUGGGUGUGGCGAAAACAGGGUGUAGUGACAGACUCGGGCCCGAGCAUGAGUCACCCCACCUCAACUAUAUAAGAACUUAAGCACCUUGGUUAGGAUCAGCGGCCACUUUAGAGUGCCUCAUUGUCAGACACGCGUGCGCACAUGUCACACGGAAGAAGGUGGAAAAGCCAGCGGGGAGGGAUUGAAAAAAAUUUAGGGGCACUGUACACUCCAUGGCCAAUCCGUGUUUCUCCUUACUUAAGCCACUUGCACUAUUUGGAGUGUAAACACUAAACUCGCGUUGCCUGAAUUCUGUUCCAGUGUGGAAUCCAGUGGAGCAAAAAACGAAUAUUGUGUAUGAGUGUGUAUUAUGGAUCAGGGUGCUUAAAAGUGAAUGCCCCCCAUUUUUCAUUUUAAACACACCGAGUGUUUAAUCGCAGAGCAAAAAUAACUUGUGACUGCAGCGGGCCCAAUAAGAACAAUCCUGUGACUGCCGCUGCCCUGCAUACUUUCCUCCGGAAUGGAAUGUUGCUGCUCCAGGCAAGCUUCACCCCCACCCCCACUUGUUGGGGCUCAAGAUCGCUAUUUAAGAUCUUAUUUAACUCCAAAAGUACACGCUUUCUUCGACCAGAUUAGGACUUUUUUCUCCGCAAGAAAAACAGACUCUUCUAUUUCUGGCUUCCCCCCUCCCGGCGCUGACGUCAGCACUAAGUUAUUUUCAUGAAUGGAGGGGGCGGUCAUGAGGACGCGGUGACGUCAGUGCUUGCGGAAGCGGGAGCGUGGAAUGUUAGUAACAUUGUUGUUGUUUUGGGGUGAAUUGAGUUAGCAGGACGCUACGCUCGCAGGCUGGCUGCGUCGCCGUCUGCCGGACUCAGCAAAGCGGCUUCGACGGCCUCGUUUUCCCUGGGGGGUUAGGUUCCCACCUAACCGGACAUAUAAAUAUAUAUAUUUUUAAAUAUUUUAUUUUUCCGCGCAUUCCAGUCCACGUGGAUCCACGCGCACCCAAACAGUGCGUCUCCUGUGAGAGUGUGGCAAGUUGUCUGCAUGCAGGGAAUGACGACUCCUUUCAAGACGAGCAAAGCUUUAAAGGUCAAGAAGGAGUCGGGCGAGAAUGCCCCGGCCCUCAGCGACGACGAGCUGGUGGCCAUGUCCGUGCGGGAGCUCAACCAGCACUUGCGCGGGCUGACCAAAGAAGACGUGGUGCGGCUGAAGCAGCGACGGCGCACGCUCAAGAACCGAGGCUACGCCGCCAGCUGCCGCAUCAAGCGCGUCACCCAGAAGGAGGAGCUGGAGCGCCAGAAGACGGAGCUGCAGCACGAGGUGGACAAGCUGGCCCGCGAGAACGCCAGCAUGCGGUUGGAGCUGGAGGCCCUCCGCGCCAAGUACGAGGCGCUACAGUGCUUCGCCAGGACUGUGACCCGCGGUGGGCCCCUGUCGCCGGGCAAAGUGGCGACCACCAGCGUCAUUACCAUCGUCAAGUCGGCCAACCACAACAGCUCCGGUCCGACACCCUUUUCGGCGCCGUCGUAGUGUCCGCUGGACUGGGCUCUCUUUACCCGCCUGACCCUGACCCGGCCUCAUCCCGCGCCGAGAGGAACCUCAGUAGUAAGACUGAAGGUGGAUCGACAGGAUGACAAGCUCCAAGUGAUCUUAUGCUGCAUUCAUGACUCUCCCUUCUCCUGUCCUUUAUCUUAAAAGCGUACACAGACCUGACAUCGCUGGGUUGCCUUUGGGGCUCUCUCCCCCCCCC